AUGCGUCCCAGACCGACCACCCACGUGCGCGGCGUGCUCAUACCCUGUGGCAACGCCGCGAGCCCGCACAUCAACCGAAACGACCUCUCCAAGGCGCAGCGCACGUACCGGCUCGGACGCAAGCCCCGCCUUAAUGACAUCGUGCCCGACAAAGGCUCGCGGGCCAUCAGAGAACAUUCUGGACAGGGACUCGACAGCUGGAGCGUCGGCGUGAGCGUCUUUGGCAUGUCCGUCCGUGCGGGCGACGCAAUCGAAGGCUGCGUGCUGAUCGGGCUCACGCAGAGCACCCCGUUCGACACGGACCCGCCGAACGUGGACAUCCGCACCAUCGUCGUGACCCGCCGGGUGUAG